UCAGCAGCUCGGACGAUGGCUCGGACGUCUCUUCUGCUCUUGCUGAUCUCAGAGCUGUGCUGCAGGACCAACACAGCUCGUCUGACUGUGAGUCCCAGCAGAUCUCAGUAUUUUAUAAAUGAGUUUGUCUCUCUGAGCUGUGAGGAGGACGACAGCUCUGCUGGAUGGAGGCUGAGGAGGAACACAACCAACCGAUGGAUGACUGAGUGUGGAGCUGGGUGGGGAGAAUCAUCUGGUUCUUCCUGUAACAUCAGUUACAUUGACCCAUGGGACAGUGGAGUUUACUGGUGUGAGUCCAGAGAGGGAGCAACCAGUAACAUCAUCAGCAUCACUGUCACUGGUGGAUCAGUGAUCCUGCAGAGUCCUGUCCUCCCUGUGAUGGAGGGACAUGAUGUCACUCUGCACUGUAAAACAAAGACCACUCCCUCCAACCUCCCAGCUGCUUUCUAUAAAGAUGGCUCCCUCAUCAGGACUGAGCCUACAGGUCACAUGACCAUCCACCAUGUUACCAAGUCUGAUGAAGGCCUCUACAAGUGUAACAUCGGCAGUGAUGGAGAGUCUCCACCCAGCUGGAUCACUGUCACAGAGAAACCCACCACACCUGGACCUACACCCACCCCCACCUCCUGUUCCUCCUCUUCCCCUUCUUCUAGUUCCACUGACACCACCUUUCCUCCUCCUCCUCCUUUCCCUGUGAUGGAGGUUGUUGUCUGUGUCUGUGGUCUGGUUGUACUGGUGUUACUGGUUUUUCUGGUGACUCUGUGUGUCCAGAGGAAAUCUAAAGGUGAGACACAGACUCAGCUGAUGCAGAGAGAGUUGGAGAAAAUGACGUCAAAACAUCACAGCAGAGAGAGUGAUCCAGCUGCAGUCUACUCAGCAGGGAGAAAGGACGGUGUCAGUUAUGGACAAAAAGCCAACAGACCAAAAAAGACCAGAGCGUGUCCACCAGAACCAGAGGUGGUCUACUCUUCACUGAGGUAGACCUUCACUCCUUCACACCGGUCCACCCACUGACGUCCUCCUGCUGACUGUAACUGCUCACCACAGCCUCUCACACCAGACUACACUCAUUUUAUCAUGUUUGAUAUGUUCCCUUUCUCUGCUUCUAAUGCUGCUUCAUCUUAUUUGAAAAAUCUUCAUCAACUAAAACUAAAGAUGGAAAGAAGAGACUCAGAGUUUCCACCUCUCAGUGUUUCAGAUCAGUGAUCAGCUCCAACAUGUUACUAUUCUCAUUUCUAUGUUCCUGUUUACCAGAAUCUGAUGAUAGCUGCCAUUAGUUUAGUGGUUAAUGAAGUCAUGAACUUUACUGUUAUUUCUAAUCUCUGUGUUUUUGGAGCCUGCUCUUGUUCCUGCAGCAGGGAUCUGGUUUCUCUGCAGGAUCAAUAAACUUUAGUCUCAUUA